AUGUUAAAGCCUUUUAAGUUUAUUCAUGUGUGGGAAGUUGUCAAAAGAAGCAUUAGAUGGAGGGAACUUGCAACACAUGAAGAAAUUGCUAAUCCGCCAAAAAGAAGCCGAACAUCUUCAUAUUCGAGCUCACAACAAGUCUCAUCGGAUGGUCACAUAGGCGUUAAUCUUAAUGAAGAUAACGAUGACAUCGAAGAAAUACACCCGCCUCCUCCUCCAAUGGGAAGGGACAAAACAAAAGCUCGAGCUAAAGGAAAAGGGAAAGCGGCACUUCAAAUUCGUCAGUCGGAACUGAGCGGUCAGUUAGAUCGGAGGAAAUGA